CCGCGUGUUUUCGUCCAUACCAUUGUGCCAUGUGCCUCAUACCUAGGUAGCUCUGCCUAUUACCCCCUCUCGAAGCAAUUGAACCUAUCCACACUCUAAACACCGAAUACACACUCCUAAUUACACAAAAUGGCAUCCUUCCUCCUCCGCCCGACCUUCCUCGCCGGCCUAGGCGCAACCUCCGUCAUCGUCGCGCCCAUGCUCCUCCGCCCGCAGCAGCAGCUAUUCCGGCCGUACCGCAUGGACGCCUCGCCGACGCCUCUCGCAGACACAUUUAGGAACUUCCCAGCGCGAGAUUCGCAGACCCCGGUUGUACAGAAAGGAAGUUUCAAUCCCCAGGCGCUGAAGCAAGUUAGUGCGGGGAGUAUCUUUGGGUUGCUUGGUGGUCUAGCAAUCAGUGUAUUUUCGAAACCACUGGCGCUGAUAAUUGGUCUGUUGGUAUUUGGGGUACAAUUCAUCGAGUCCCGAGGCAUCCAUAUCAUCCCCUACGAACGCAUACAGCGUAACUUUAAGACCACCAAUGUGCGCUCCCUGAUACAAGACAACGUUGCCUUUAAGCUGUCAUUCGGGGCGACCUUCGCCCUCGCGGCCUUUGCCAAGUUUUGAGCCUGGAACAGAAGCAAAUAAUCGCCUGGCCUGGACAAAAUGUCCGGCCAUGCAGAAAAUCUGGAGAAGGGAAACUGGAGAGACGGAAAAUCUUGUAUUAUACAGUAAAGAAAGAGUAAAACAGAGCCGAAUCGUGGCUGGAACACUUUGUGUCGCCAGUGGGCCACUUGAGACGGUAUCAUUCAGGUGUGCAGUCGUGUGUGCCUAUGGUUGCCAUUUAGUGGGGAUGAUGUACGAGUAUGUGAGUUUGAGUUUGAGCUUUUGCACCUCACAGUGCUUUGUCGGCAUGCUCAUAGGGGAGCAUUAGGCGAAAUGCCAAGAUAUGGAACCUCUGGGCCUAGCUGCACAGCCAUCUUCCUGCAUUUCUGCGAGAAGUCUUUGACUGUGAUCUUGAACGCUGAAACUUGA